GAUAAACACACCUUUUAACACUAAAAUGGGAAUGUUAUCUAUUUAAUCUACAAAAUUGGGGAACCCCUAACGGCUGUGAUCCAUACAAAUUUUUCCGGCCCAGGACCUGUAUUCAACUGUGGUACCGUAUGAGAAAAGCUAGCCAGAAUGCUGAUGAAACUGUAUUUCCGCUGGUUUGCACACCCGAGGAAUGUCGGUUUCUACUGUCAUUCUCCUCUGCUCACGUGCAGUCUUCACCCGGGCCAAGCCACUCUGCGAGGAGUUGUGGGCUUGUGAGACUACUGUUAGCUGUGGUGCUGUAACGGUCUUCAGUUCAGUGCUAGCUAUUCGUUUUUGACGGUCAUUUGCACGUCGGACGAAGAACUCCACGCUGGAUGAAGAACUCUACCGUGCAGCAACUUAGUGAAAUGUUUAGUUAUUGCAUGUUGCGUUUAUAAUUUUGAUCAAUAUAAAUGAACAAUUAGGGCAAAAUAUUACCUUACUGCUAAUGCACUACUUAUCACAGAAAUAAAUCGAAAUUGAUGUUUCUCUAUAACUAAGCCUAAAACAUCAGGUUUCACGUGGGUUUGCAGGUUUGUUUUUGUUUAGUGGUUGCACUUUAGUUGAGCCUUUCGCAGGUGCCAAAAGGUGACUUUUUCAGAGUCAAAUGCAGAAAAUAAAAAUUUUCUUCAGAACACUUCUAAAAUGCAUACAAUUUUCUAGGCAAUAAGUAAAACAAUUUAAAUAUACCUUUAUUCAAGAAUAAAAGCUUUUGAAGUAAUAAAUACUAUUUUGCUGAAUGAAAUUAUUUUUACGAAUAUUUUAAUUAUGCCAAAGAACCUAGGGGAAAAAAAUUAAAUCCAAUAGCAAAUACAGUGGAACGCAUGGGUCAAAAUGACAUGGGAGGGUCCAUUGGGGCCUGGCUUCUCUGGCUUGAUUAUAAACAUCUGUGAAUAACUUGUCUGCUUUAAACAGACCUAUCAAAACUUAGAAACGAGCCAAUUAAUUCAUUUCUAAGCAGAGGCAGCGAAGGUGGAAAGUGGUCUAUCAAAGCAGCAUGAGUACAGCGAGACUCCAGCAAAACUCAAUUCCAGCAGGUAUCCCAGAUGGCAGUCGGGUUCAAAGUUGCAACGGCAGUUUGGAUAAACUUGCAUUUAAAUACAAGGAUAUGUGCAAAGUGGUGUCCAGUACAGAUUCCGAGUCAGAUGUCAGUCCUCGAUGGUCUGAUACCAGCACCAUGGGGUGUGCUAGCAGUGCUACUGAGAGCCGGCGGCCCCAUCAGAAGACACUGACAUGUUCUCACAAACCGGUGGGACGAUACUUCUGUCACCCGUUGUCGGACCCCUACGACGGGAGUUCCGAGGAUUCGGAUGGGUCCAUGAGUGGCCCGGGGGGGCCGAGGCAAGGGAGCCGCAGGUACCGGGCCAGGGCCCAAAAAAGAACCGGUCACCAUCCUGCUGUCAAUCUCCAGGAAGUGAUCCGGAGUGGCGGGCUGACGGAUGGCCCAACCGAGCUGCAUCUUGUUGACGUCCAGAUGAGGUCGACGAGCGACUCUGAGCUGUGGACGUGCAGCAGCCUGGAGACCCCGCUGGCUUGUAACCGCUUCAGGUGGGAAGGCCCUGUGGCAGAGAUGUCUGCCGACUCCGGGGUUAUCACCGCCAGGUCCACCCCUGGCACGCCGGGCUCGGUCACUAAUGUGGAAGCGGAAACCUCAGUGCGCAGCAUCCAGACGCCGGGCAGGUCUGCCGACAGCCCUGUACCACUGUCGCUCUUCAAAAGGAAGUUCAGUCUUCCGGGAGUGCAGAUCGUUGAGGCAGAGACACGGCAAGAGUUUGGUCACAGGAAGAGGCAGUGUUUCACCACAAUGGGGAACGGGGAUUCCUCUCCUGAGAACAAGCUCCUGACCAGGUGAUAAUGUAUUGAAGAACAUGUUUCCGUUGUACCUUUUCCAGUUUACUGGCAUAAUCAUGUAUUAAAGAUCAAUGUUUUCCCUUAGUCACUGAUGCACUUUAAAUUCAACAGUGACAAACUCAUCCAUGUCAAGUGUAGCAUUCAAUAAAAUAAUAGCAUUGCUAUA